AUGGCGGACGACAAACCUCACACACCAAUUGCCCCUGGUGACCACAGGGCUUACAUGCAAUAUGCAAUCACACGAGCCCGACUAUCGCCUCCAGGACCCAACAAGUUUUGUGUCGGCGCAGUUCUGGUUGACGCAGACAAGAAUGAGAUCCUGUCGACGGGGUUCUCUUUGGAGUACCCAAGAGACCGACCUGGCGAUCCGGGCACUACACACGCGGAACAGUGCUGCUUGAUCAAACUCGCCGAAAGACAUCAUCUUCCAGACGAUCGCGUCGCAGAGGUCCUGCCUCCGAACACGGUGCUCUACACAACUAUGGAGCCCUGCAACGAACGACUUAGCGGAAACAGAACUUGCGUUGAUAGAAUCGUGGCUCUCAAAUCGCAGAUCAAGACAGUUUACGUGGGCAUAAGUGAGCCAGAUACUUUCAUCAAGGACAACUCGGGGCGAAAAGUGCUUGAAAGUUCUGGUGUGCAAUUUGUGAAGAUAAACGAUGGGUUGCAGCAAGAACUGAUGGAGGUAUCGAUGGCGGGGCACUGA